CGUUCGUCGCCGGAACUCUGCGUGUUGGUGAAGCGCCGCCGCCUCACGGCGGCGCUCGGGCGUCUCCCGGCAGCUGAAGAGUAUGUCUGUGGUGCGUGAGCUAUCACCAGGAUGGUUACUGGAUCAUCUUUCUUUCAUUAACAAGAUAAGUUAUGAACUUCACCAGCAUCAUGAGCCUUGUUACAGUAAAAAUGAGCCUACUUCUUCUGUUCAUCCUGAUACUCUUCACAUGGAUUCUAUGUCCUCUUUUGAAGCCUCUGCUACCUGUAUUGCCUCUACCACUAAGCCAGAAAAUGAUGAUGGAGGAAAUUGUGAAAUGUUCAUACAAAAAUAUGUUUUUCGAUCUGAACUGUUUGAUGUCACCAAACCUUAUAUAACUUCUGCUAUUCACAAAGAAUGCCAACAAAGUAAUGAAAAGGAAGAUCUAGUAAAUGAUGUUAAGAAAGAAAUCUCCAUUUCUGUUAAUGGGAAGAAGCGUAAGAGAUGUGUUGAUUUCAAUCAAGGUGAAUUGGAUGCUAUGGAAUACCAUACAAAGAUCAGGGGGCUGAUUUUGGAUGGAUCUUCACAGUUAAUCCAAGAAGGUCUCAAAAGUGGCUUUCUUCAUCCACUUUAUGAAAAACGGGACAAGUAUAGUGAGCCCGUUACCUUACCACUUGAUACCUGCAAUUUGUCAGAAUUAUGUGAAAUGGCAAAGCAUUUGCCUUCUCUGAAUGAAAUGGAACUUCAGACAUUACAAUUGAUGGAAGAUGAUAUAUCUGUUACAGAGCAGUAUUUAUUUUCACGGAUUGUUGAUAACAACUCUAGCUUUACAAAAAUGAUUACUUUAAUGGGACAGAAAUACCUGCUGCCACCAAAAAGCAGUUUUCUUUUGUCUGACAUUUCUUGUAUACACCUGCUUCUGAACUGUAAGAAAACAUAUGAUGUAAUUGUGAUAGAUCCACCAUGGCAGAACAAAUCAGUUAAAAGAAGUAACAGAUAUAGUUAUUUAUCACCACUGCAAAUAAAGCAGAUACCUAUCCCUAAGCUGGCUGCUCCAAACUGUCUUGUUGUUACUUGGGUGACGAAUAGACAGAAGCACCUACGUUUUGUUAAGGAAGAGCUUUACCCUUCUUGGUCUGUGGAGAUAGUUGCUGAAUGGCACUGGGUAAAAAUCACCAGUUCAGGAGAGUUUGUGUUCCCAUUAGAUUCUCCACACAAAAAACCUUACGAAGGUCUUAUACUGGGAAGAGUUCGAGAAAAAGCUGCUUUACCAUUAAGGAAUGCAGAUGUAAAAGAGCUCCCCAUUCCAGAUCACAAGUUAAUUGUCAGUGUGCCCUGUACGCUUCACUCACAUAAGCCACCUCUUGCUGAGGUUCUAAAAGACUAUAUCAAGCCAGAGGGGGAAUGUUUGGAAUUGUUUGCUCGAAAUUUACAGCCAGGUUGGACUAGUUGGGGCAAUGAAGUUCUCAAAUUUCAACAUGUGGAUUAUUUUGUUGCCCUGGAGUCUAAAAGUUGACUAUGUUCUUAAAAUUGUGUUUUUCUUCAGUUUUUCCUCCUUCUCCCUUCAUUCUAAUAGAUUUUUCCUUUUUAUUACCAACCAAUAUGCUUAGAGAUGUAAACAGGA